CCAUUUGUGGCAAAAGAUCAACAAUUAUUUCACCCACCCCACUAUAUUUUCACAUUGCCUCACUUCAAAGUUAAGCAGCACAAAAAAGGGCUUUCAAACAAAUGAUAACCACCACACCUUUAUGAUCAUGACUACUCGUAUCAUAUCACCCUUUUAUAUCCUUACCAGAAAAAUUACCCUAUUUUUCAUACCCAAAACUAACCAUGAUUCCCUUACUCUUCUUCUUCCUCCUCCUCUCUCUCCUCCCACACAGAUCUUUCUCCGCUCACUGCACCACCGUCACCACCACCAAAACCUUCGAAAAAUGCAUGUCAUUACCCUCCCAAGAAGCUUCAAUAGCAUGGACGUUCCACAGACAUAACUCAACUCUCGAGAUGGUCUUUUCCGGUAGCUUUAUAUCACCUUCCGGUUGGGUCGCAUGGGGUAUAAACCCCACCUCACCUGAAAUGACCGGAACACGAGCUCUCAUCACCUUCCCGGACCCAAACUCCGGCCAGUUGGUCCUCCUGCCUUACAUCAUAGAUCCAACUGUGAAACUUCAACGGAGUCCACUCCUAUCUCGGCCACUCGACAUCCAUCUCGUAUCUUCUUCUGCCGCCUUGUACGGCGGCAGAAUGGCGACAGUCCAUAACGGGGCCACCAUUCAGAUAUACGCCACGUUAAAACUUAAACCAAACAAGACCAAGAUUCAUAAUGUGUGGAACAGAGGGCUGUAUGUACAAGGCUACUCUCCUACAAUCCAUCCAACCACCAUCGCCGACCUUUCCUCAAUCACCACCAUUGAUGUUUUAUCAGGCGUAUCAGCUUCUGGACCAAAUAGCAACAUCAGAACUCUAAAACUUGCUCAUGGCUUUAUGAAUGCAAUUUCAUGGGGGGUAUUGUUACCAAUCGGAGCAGUCACUGCACGCUACUUACGACACAUACAGUCAUUAGGGCCUACGUGGUUUUACGUCCAUGCCGGAAUUCAGCUUUUUUCCUUUGUUCUAGGGACUGCUGGAUUCGCGAUUGGGGUUCAUCUCGGAGAACUGUCGCCGGGAAGGGUUUAUGGACUUCACCGGAAGCUGGGGUUUGCAGCGUUUUUCUUGGGUAGUCUUCAAACACUGGCGCUGCUAUUUAGGCCAAAGACUACGAACAAGUUCAGAAAGUACUGGAAAUCGUACCACCAUUUUGUGGGGUAUGCGUGUGUGAUUUUGGGAGUUGUUAAUGUGUUUCAAGGAUUUGAAGUGAUGGGGGAAGGGGGGUCUUAUGCUAAGUUAGUGUACUGUUUGUGUUUAUCAACGUUGAUUGGAGUUUGUGUGGCAUUAGAAGUCAACUCUUGGGUAAUAUUCUGUAGGAAAUCGAAGGAAGAGAAGUUGAGAAGAGAAGGGGUUAUAAGGGGUCAAGAGAAAGCUUGUGGACCAGAGCAUGGUGAUCGACACUAGCCUUCGAGUUUUCUUAUUUCCCACUUAACAAAUUUUGUUUGUAAUCUUUUAUUGAUUAUGUAAAAUUCACCUUUGAUUUAUCAAGAAUUAUUAAAACA